UGAAUGUUUGGUGGUUGUGGCUUUGCGCGCAGAUUUUCACACAUGCGUAGAGGCCGUAGAUGGGAGUUUAAUGCCUAAGACAUGCAUUUGAAAUUUCUUCUUUAAACUGGUGCAAUUUCACUUUCAUGAGUCGUGCUCGCGUUUCUAGCCACUUUUGUUUAUUAAAUUAGUGGCUAUUACGAAACCUGGGCCUAUUUUCCUUUUAGGUAAUUGUCAGGUGGCAAAAAAAAUAAUUACUUUCCGAGAACCAAAAAUUUGAAAAGUUAUGUAAAAUGCGCCAAGAUAUGACCUUACCUCAAAGUUCUAGCGAGUUAUCGAUUGUGCAAAACGACUGGCGGUUAUCAGCUCAGUGCCAUCCCUAAUUGGGCAAUUGUAAACAUAUUUCUUUGAUUUUGUUAAUGCCGGUUUUUUAACCAUGUCUAGCUUAAAAUCAAAUGACUUGGACAGCAAUCCGGCGCCGGAUCCCCAGGCGCCCAUCACCCGCAAGGGUUUCCUCAUGUCCCUGAACAGCGGCACCCCCAUGCCCAUUCCCGAGCAGAAUGUGUAUGGACGCUGUCGCCCCGUCUCGGAAUUCGAGAAACUCAAUCGCGUGGGUGAAGGCAGCUAUGGGAUUGUGUAUCGAGCACGCGACACCCGCAAUAAUGAGAUAGUGGCCCUGAAGAAGGUGCGAAUGGAUCAGGAGAAGGAUGGCCUGCCUGUGAGUGGACUUCGCGAGAUAAUGAUCCUGAAGCAGUGCAAGCAUGAGAACAUUGUCCGUCUGCGCGAAGUAGUCGUAGGCAAGAGCCUGGACAGCAUCUUCCUGGUAAUGGAUUUCUGCGAACAGGACCUGGCCUCCGUACUAGACAACAUGUCACAACCCUUUACCGAAUCCGAGGUCAAGUGUAUAACGCUUCAGGUGCUUAACGCCCUUAAGUACCUCCACGAUCGCUAUGUAAUCCAUCGGGAUCUGAAGGUGUCCAAUCUCCUGAUGACCGACAAGGGCUGCAUCAAAGUUGCUGAUUUUGGACUGGCGCGCAUGUUUAGCAAUCCGCCGAAGCCCAUGACGCCGCAGAUGGUUACUUUGUGGUAUCGGGCACCGGAGCUGCUCCUUGGCUGUCGCACACACACCACGGCCGUGGAUAUGUGGGCAUUUGGCUGCAUUCUGGGCGAACUGUUGCUGGGGAAACCUCUGCUCCCCGGGAACUCGGAGAUUGGACAGCUUAACAUGAUUAUCGAUUUGCUUGGAGCACCGUCCGAGUCUAUUUGGCCCGGUUUCUCCGACAUGCCCGCCCUGCAGAACUUCACCCUGAGCCAGCAGCCGUACAAUAAUCUCAAGACCAAGUUUCACUCGAUCAGACAGUCGGGCAGGAAUCUCCUGAACAUCCUGUUCAUAUACAAUCCCCUAACCAGAGCCACUGCCGAGGAGUGCCUAAACAGCAAUUACUUUGUGGAUACGCCGAAGGCUUGUGAUCCCCGCAUGAUGCCCACUUUCCCGCAGCACCGCAAUAAUACCGCUGUCAGUGCUCCGCCCGCUCAGCCACCCGCCGACAUUCCCAUCUCCGAUCUGCUGAAUGUAUUCAUUAAGCGACAACGCUUGGAUUAAACGUAAACGAAUUUAUUUUGGACAUUAUG